ACCGGCAGUAGGAGUCGCGGUUUAAUUCUACAUAGGACUUACUGAACUGUCUCUCACGACAGAGACAAACUGGAUACAAAGAAGGGAUUCCCUUCAAGUUAUUGACACCAUACAUUAUUUACAGUACAUGCAAUACUAUAUGUAUAAACGGAGAGAUCAAGAAAUAGCGCCCCUCCUUUCUGGCAGUUAUAAACAGUGCCUACGAUAUGGCUGCUGUCGUCCGUGGAUCAGUCGCAGCAUACUUUCUAAUAGCCUAUUUACUUCACCUGGCCCACAGGGUGACAGCGGCGACAAAAGGUCUGGAUAGGACGUUCGCGGAGUACAAACGCUGUGCCGACGAGGAAUGCAGCAUGUUAAUAUGUCGGGGUAUAGCUUUGCAAGACUUCACAGGACCUGACUGCCGAUUUGUAAGCUUUAGAAAAGGAGAAACAGUGUAUGUGUAUUAUAAAAUGGAAGGAAGAACAGAUAGAGUAUGGGCUGGAUCUGUUGGCAGUGAGUUUGGAUAUUUUCCCAAAAAUUUAAUUAAAAUUGACCAUAUAUAUUCUGCUGUGGAAAUGGAAGUGCCGUCAGAUGAAACAGAUUUUGUUUGCUUCAAUGGAGGAGAAGACGACUUUGACAAUUAUAAUGUAGAUGACCUUUUGAAUAUAUCAGAGAUUCAGGAAGACAAUUCAGUAGAAGAUGGCCCAGAUUUACAUUCUGCUUCUGAACUUAAAAAUACAAGCAGUGAGCCUUUAGAGCAAGUGGAGGAAGAAGGGGAAACUAGUAUAAACACAGGAUACACUAUGGAUUCAGAAGUACUAAUUAAACAGGAGAAGGCUUCUGGAGAAGAGCAGGGAGUAGACACUACGGAUUUAACCGAAGAAACAGCUGGAUCUCAGGAAAAAACAUCACAGUCCUCUGCCUAUAAAGAGUCAAAUUCAUAUCAAGACCUAGAUAAAAAUAAUGUAUUUAAUGAUGAAGAUCCAGCUCAUUCCCCGACAGGCAGUGUUUCCACUCACCCAAAAGAAACUAGGGGAGUUGUGCCAGACAGUAUUCACAGCAGAGAUUCUAGCAUGUCUUAUGGAAAAAGUGAAGUAUUAGAUGAUCAAGAAAAAGUGCGUAAACAAAUGAUAGACUUAGAAACGAACUUUGGGGCUACUGUAGAUGCCAUUGUUUCAGGUGAUGAGAUAACAAGGAAAGUGACUUCACCAAAUGACAAUUCUGAAUCAGAAGAUUUUGAAAACCUGGUCACUGAAAGUGAGGAUGAAGUGCAUGAUGCAGAGGAAGUACUUUUAUUGACACAUUCUGUGGAGGCUGUAUCAUCUGAAGCAGUUUCUGAAGAUACACAACAUGAAAACGAGCAGCAAAAAAGCAUAUCAGACAGUGGUACCUUAGAAGAAGGUGAAAAGUUCAGAGAAGCAGAACUGGUAAAUCAGGAUAAUAGUCAGUUAAGGGAUCAGAAGUUCAAUGAGAAUAAAUACUCAGAAAGUAGAGAAAUCAGAUCAACAUUAGGAGAUAGCAAAAUGGUGGAGGACAAAAACAAUUAUAAUGAAGGAGACGAAAAUGAAUACAUUGACAUGUUAGAUGUGGAAACAGAAGAAACCCAAGAAAAAACAUUAGAGAAGGAAGAAUCUCAAGAAAAAGCACAGCAAUUUCAAAAAAUGAUGAAUCUGAGUACGACAUUGGGAGACACAGUUAUUGCAGUUGUAAGUGAUGAUGAAAGCACAAAGAUGGUCACAGAUCCCUAUGGUGCCAGUUUUAUUGAGGAAGCUGUUGAGGAAGAUAAUGUGGAAGCAGGAGCUGCAGAAGAUAAAGUUUAUCUACUAGAAAUGGAAAAGGACACUCAAGAAAAGUCAGAUAUUGAUUAUCAAAAAAUUAUAAAGCUACAGCCAAACUUUGGAGAGAAAAGUGAUAUAACUGUACAUAGUGAUGGAACUGUAAACAGAGACAAAGAAACUGAAAGUGACAUCAGUGAAGAAUCUGAAGAUACAGGAAUAAAUGUAAAUGAACAAAAGGAAAAAGUUUCAUUUAGAGAGUACAUUAUGUUAAAUACUACAUUUGGAGGUUCAAUUGAUGCAGUUGUAAGUGACGCUGAGAACACUAAGAAAGUCACAGAUCCUGACUAUAUUGAUGAUGUGGAAGGCAAAGAAGGGAAACAUACACAAGUUAGUGGGAGUAAAGAUGAUACAGACAUUUAUCUUAUAGGUAUGGAUGCAGAAAAAGAGGAAACCCAGGAAAAAACAAGGAUUUCCCAACAAAAACAUAUAGGAGAAGAUACUAAAAUACCCAAGACAGAUGAGGAUAAAGAGGCUAACCUGUCCUAUACCAGUAAUGAAGAAAAUGAAGGAAGGUCAGCGGAGGUCCUCAAAAAAUAUGAUGUAUUACACGCAACAUUUGGAGAUACAAUUGAUGCAGUUGUAAGUGAAGCUGAGAAUACAAAGAAAGUCACAGAUCCUGGUUAUAUUGAUGAUGUGGAAGACAAAGAAGGGAAACAUAAACACGUUAUUGAGAGUAAAGAUGAUACAGACAUUUAUCUUAUAGGUAUGGAUGCAGAAAAAGAGGAAGGUCAGGAAAAAACAAGGAUUUCUCAAGAAAAACAUAUAGAAGACACUGAAAUAACCAAGACAGAUGAGGAUAAAGAGGCUAACCUGUCCUAUACCAAUAAUGAAGAAAACGAAGAAAAGGCAGCAGAGGUCCUCAAAAAAUAUGAUGUGUUACACUCAACAUUUGGAGAUACAAUUGAUGCAGUUGUAAGUGAAGCUGAGAAUACAAAGAAAGUCUCAGAUCCUGGUUAUAUUGAUGAUAUGGAAGACAAAGAAGGGAAACAUAAACACGUUAUUGAGAGUAAAGAUGAUACAGACAUUUAUCUUAUAGGUAUGGAUGCAGAAAAAGAGGAAGGUCAGGAAAAAACAAGGAUUUCUCAAGAAAAACAUAUAGAAGACACUGAAAUAACCAAGACAGAUGAGGAUAAAGAGGCUAACCUGUCCUAUACCAAUAAUGAAGAAAACGAAGAAAAGGCAGCAGAGGUCCUCAAAAAAUAUGAUGUGUUACACUCAACAUUUGGAGAUACAAUUGAUGCAGUUGUAAGUGAAGCUGAGAAUACAAAGAAAGUCUCAGAUCCUGGUUAUAUUAAUACAGAAGAGGAGGAGAAAGAUACACACAAUACAGAAAGUACUGAAGCAGAAAGUGGAACACAUUUGCAUUUCAUAGGCAUGAGUGAAAAAGACAAUCAAAUAAAAGAAGUUGAGUCACAGCAAAAAAUGAUAGGAGAUGGUAUAGAACUACACAAUGUAGUGGAAGAUAAAACAACUGACCUGCUAGAUAAGAAAAAUGAAGAAAAUGAAAAAGAGGUAAUAGAUACCCUCGAACAUGAGAGGUCACAUGCAAAAUAUGGAGAUACAUUUGAUGCAGCUGUAAGCAAGGAUGACAUCACAGAGCAAGUCAAAGCUUCUAGUUAUAUUGAUACUCAUGAGGAUGACAAAAAAGACAAAGAUACACAAAAUGGUGAGGCAGAAGAUGAUAAAAGUGCUGAGUUUAUAGAUAUAAAAGAAAAUCAAGAAAAAGAAGUUGUACCCAAAGAAAAAGUAGAAGUCUUAAAUACAUUUAGUGAUACGUUUGUUGCAGUUAUAACAGAUGAUGAAUACACAGAUGAAGUCACAGAUCCUACUAGUGUCAGUUAUGUUGAUGAAGAUAAUGAAGACCAUAUAAUCCAAGCUGAUGAUAUAGAUAAUGAUGAAAGGAUUCAUCUUUUAGACUAUGAGAAAGAGGUGUUCGACUCUACCUAUAGUAGUGCUGCAGAGCUAAGCAGAGGGGACAUUGAUGAAGAAGAGCAGGAGGCAGAUAUGAGCAGCACCAAUGAGGGUGCUCUAGUAAAAACUUUUUAUUCAGAAGAAAAUGAACAGACAGUCAGGACAGAUACAAGCAGUGAUCCACAUAUGGUACCUACAGACAUUGAAGCUUCUGGUGAAGUUAUAUUAAAAGAUGCAUCUGCUGAGCUAACAGAGGAUACUAUAAGGGAUGACAGUACUAAUGACAUGGGUCAACAAGGAACUUCAUUUAAAGAAAGUGAAACUUUUAAAGAUGGGGAUAUAAAUGUUGAGAAAUUAGGGAUUUCAAAAGCUGAACCUCAGUCUGAUCUUGUGGCUGACAGAUCCAUCUCUCACUACAGUAGAAAAAGUGAUGACCUGGUAGAAGCAGUAAAAGCAGAUACUGAUGAGAAGCCUGAGGAGCAAACUACCAAUGAAGCUGAACAGGAAAGUGAAGAAGAAGAAGAAGUAGAAGAAGAAGCAGAAGGACUAAACAACAGUGAUAUUAAUUCAAAGCUGCAUGACAUUCCUCUUAGUCAAGUUUCAAAAGGAUCAUUGAUAUCUGAAAAUGGAAAUGAAAGGCAAAGUAAGCAAAGUCUUGUAGCUGAAAUGCAAGAUGAUGAUGUAGUUUGGGAGAAAGAUGAAUCAGAAAAAGAUAACAGUGAAUCUAAACCUGAUGAAGAUAAUGCAAGUUGGGAGUUACUAGAAGGUGAACUGCUAGAAGAUGAGAAUGCAUUAAAUGCUAAACAAAACAAAGUCCAUAUUAUGGAGAGUGGGCAUGAUAAAUUACAUGUAUCAACCACAACUCCAGAAAAGCAAAGAGUGACUGAUACUGCAGAAAUUAAAUCAGCAAGAAUAAAUAUAGAGGAAAUAACUGCAGACAUGAAAACAGAAGAAAAUGAGGAGUAUACAUUAGAGGCUGUGAGUAUAGAAAAAAAUGGGAUAGCAGAUAAAACUGGUGUUUUAGACAGUAUGGCAGAGCAACAGUCCAGUAAAAUCAAAGAACAACUAAUACUGGAUAAAGUAAAAGAGAAAGAAUCAGAAGGAGUUAGCAGACGUCAUCUAACUGGUAUACCUUCAGAUGGAGAUUCUGAGCUACGGUCAACAGAAUCCCAAGAAUAUUUGUUACAAGAAACACAGGAUGCAGCAAUUACCAGUGUUUUGGAAAAAGAGGAAAACACUACAUCAGCAAGUGCAUUAAAGAACAAGUCCUUAGACAGUAGCAAAGAAGAUUUACAGGACUUCUCCAGAACUCAGCAUGAGGCAAGUCAGUUUUCUCAGGAUUCUGGAGCAAGAUAUGAAGACUCACAUACUUCACAUCCAAAUCAGGAAGCACCCAAUGAUGAACCAGUGUACAGUGAAUCUGUAAAUCAGCUUACUAUUCUUAAGGCUCACUUUGAUGACAAACACUUUGAACGGUUCCACAAAUUCCUGGGUCUCCAAAAUAUUCUCCAAGUAGAAGCUAUGUUUCAGGAUAUGGAAGCAGAACUAAAGCUUGUUAGGAAGAAUGACUUCAGCUAUGAAAAGACAGAAGAAGCUUUGGACAGAAUUUUUGAAUCUUCUGAGUCUUCCAUCUUGAAGGUAGUAGAAGAGGUACUUGAUCAAAGGGAGGUACAGAGUGAAGAUAUAAUGGAAGCUGACAAAAGUAUGUUUGAUGAAGAGUCUUCACUGUUGGAUGACUUUCAAGAACUGGCAUACAUUUUGCGGCAGAAGUACUCAUCUCUAAGUGACAGCACUCCAUUUGCACCUGGAGCACAGCUGCCAGAAAAACAGUCAAUACCACCUGAAUCAGAUGUAUCAGAAAGAUUUGCUGCCCCAGACAACACUGUGGUAUCUGAACAGCCUCUCCUGAAAGCAACACCUGCCUUACCUUGGAUAAUUACAGCCUUGGACAGUGUGAUCUUACGGGCCAAAGAAAACAUGAGGCCAUACGCAGAAAUACCUGUCUCUGGCACAGCACGUGGAGUUCUGACUGAAACCCAGGUGACUGACAUUCAGCUAGCAGCCCCAGUGCUGCAGGAGCAGAUCAGUGGAUGGAAAGAAGUAAAGGAGUGUGGCUUGCUUGGUUCUCAUGGGGGAAUAGAGAGGAUUGCUCAUAAUUUGAUGAUUGCUAUGGAGCAUACCCCACAAACUGUGAAAGUGUCACAACACAGAUAUGUCCUUAAAUGUAGUUCCACAACUGCCAUGCAGAACUAUCUUUCUGACAGAAUGUUUGCAAGUUUUGCUUCUUUGUCUAAAGUAGGGUCACAAGGUGGGAGUAUUCAGAACCUCAUUCCUCAACCUGCAGACCUUGAAAGACCGCAGCCUUGCUAUUGUGCUCUGCCCCUCUUUUGUCAUUUAGACCCUAUAAACUUGUUCACUUUUUUCUUAUUAAUUUUUAUUAUGGAAUCCCUCGGUAAUCAGGAAUUGGGCUAUGAUGACAUGACAGCGGUCAAAGAAGGGACAGAAGCUGUGAUGGGCCCCUUUUCCGUGUGUUAUAGCUUCCUGGUAGCAAGGAUUGUCCAGCUUGUGUCAGCAUUACCAGAGGACAUGAGACCUGGUCCAGAUUUUUACGGCGUAUCUUGGGAGUCUGUUGUGGUUACAGCACUGGUGGGCAUUCUUACUGUUCUGAUAUUCUUCUGGAGGACCUGCCUGUCGGUAAAAAGCAAGAUGUAUCAAGUGACUGAAAGGCAACUUUCAGAGAAGAUUAGGCAGUUGAUACAAGAAAAAACAGAAGCUGUAGAACAGGUGUCUGAUUAUGAAAAAAAGAUUCUAGAAACACAGAUAUCUGUAGAAAAACUCAAGGAAGUUCUGGACGUACAUUCUAGUGAACUUACAGAGAUAAUUAUUAAUAUGGUAUUUUGUUUUCUCCAGCUGUUGAGGGAAGCAGAAGGUUGGAGUGAGAGGCACAGUGAAUUCACUGAACAAAUUCGACUUGCUCAGAAAGCACAGAAGGACUUGGAAGAGUCACUGGCUUACAAAGAAAAUGAAAUUGAGGCUUUGACAGAUUGUGUCAUGCAGCUCAGGCAGCUAGAUUCUGAAUCUGAAGCCGGGAAUGAAGAUGAUAAUAGUGACAGCUGGGAAAACACUACUGAGAUGGCCAAUGGAGAGCUGCCAGAGAAAAAGAAUGAGAAGCUGAAGCUAAAGAUAAAGCAGAUGAUGGAUGUUGCCAGGAUGAAAACAACUUUAAAAAUAAUAGAAGAAGAGAGGGAUAAUUUUCAGAUCAAGCUAUCAGAUGAAGUAACAGCUCGUCAUGAACUGGAAGAACAGAUUAAAAAAUUGGAACAUGACACUGGGUCUUUGAUGUCUGAAAAGUCUCACUUGGCGAAUGAAUUUAAAACAAUGCAACAAAGACUUGAGAUUCUGACGGAGCUGUACCAACAGAAGGAAAUGGCCCUUCAAAAGAAGUUAACACAAGAGGAGUUUCAGCGGCAGGAGAAGGAGCAGAAAUUAAGUGUAGCUGAUGAGAAAGCUGGGCAAGCAGUUGAAGAAGUGAAGAUGUUCAGACAGAGAAUUCAAGAAAUGGAAGACGAAUUGCAGAAAACAGAGAGAUCUUACAAAAAUCAGAUUGCAUCACAUGAAAAGAAGGCUCAUGAUAACUGGUUAACUGCCCGUUCUGCUGAAAGAGCUUUAGUGGAACAGAAGAGAGAAACUGCAAACCUAAGGCAAAAAUUAAUUGAGGUUAAUCAGAAGAUUGCAGAACUGCAAAGACCUUCCAUUAUAAGACCAACUCCAGGCAGGCCAGAUCGACAGAUUGGAAUGCGCCGAGGCCCAGUCAGCCAAGAAGGCUCUUUUGGCCCUUCUCCUGUUAGUGGUGGUGCACCAUCUCCACCAUUAAUGAUGGAUGGCCUUGGACGACCCCCAUCAGCUCCACUUCCACGAAGAGAAGUACCACGUGACAGAGGCGACCUAGAUGCAGUCCCUGGCUCUGCAAGUGGGCCCAGAACUUCCUCUCCUAGCUCAGCAGUGGAUGAAAUGCCAGCGCCUUCUACUGACUCUGCAGCUGCUCCAGUCUGUAUAGAGUAUGAAUCUACAUCUUCCCCCACUGCUACAUCUUUGCAGCACCAGUCUGUAGCAGUUAAUCCCAGUCCUCAAAGGCCACCAUCCUUUCCUGGGACACCUAUUAUGAACUCACCAGCAAGUGGAGCACCAGUGCCACCAGCAGCAGCACCACCACCAACUGUUACACGAUUUGGGCCACCAUUACCCAAAGGACAGUAUGGUCCUCGUAUUCCACCUCCAGUUCGUGGACUUCUGCCUCCUUUAGGCCCUAGAGAUCUCCCGCCUGGAAUGAUGGAUCUGGGUCCUGGGCCACUGCCACCACCACCACUUGGUCCAAGGGACUAUCCACCACUUUUACCACCUGGAGCUAGAGACCUUCCUCCUGGCCCAUUACCACCACCUCCACUGAGAGUAAGUCCUAGAGAUUUUCCACCUGGUCCUAGAGAUUUUCCACCUGGUCCUAGAGACUACCUGCCUGCUCCUAGAGAUUUUCCACCUGGUCUGAGAGACUACCCACCUGGUCCAAGAGAUUUUCCACCUGGCCCAAGGGACUUUCCUCCUGGUCCUAGAGACUUUCCAUCUGGUCCUAGAGAUCCUAGAGACUAUCCAAUGGGUCUUCCAACUCUCAGAGACUACCCACCUGGUCCUCCACCAAUUUCACAUGGCACAAGGGACUAUCCACCACCUCCACAAUUACGAGACAUUCCUUCUGGGCCAACCCCACCUCCAGGCAUCAGAGAUAACCCUCCAGGUUUGUCGGUAGUUCAGAAGGACUGCCCACCAAGCUCAGAUAUUCGACGAUGAUUUUAAAUUAUUACUAGUGAACUCUUGCUUAAAUGGAUAUGUAGGACUUUUAUGCAUUUUAAAAAGAUAUCCAUUGGCUUCAAAAUGAAAAUGAAGAUAUCAUUAGUUGAACUGGUGAUUCUCCAAGUUUCCCAUAGGUAUGCGUGUGAUGUGCAUGAGUGAGUAAGUAUGCGUGCCCUGUAAUAGAAUGGCAUCUCAUCCAGGAUUGGUUCCUUGCCUUAUAUCUGUUGCUUGCUGGGAUAAGCUGUGACUCCCUCCUGAUGUUGAAUAUGAUGAAGUGGUUAUCUAAGAAUGAACUAAUGAAUGUGUGAAUUAAAACAACAUUUAACUCAUUAACUUGAUACAUUUCAAUAUGUUUACUAAGAAAUACAGAAUUACCCAGCAUUUUUCUGUAGUGUCAUAUAUAUUAUUGCCAGUUUCACUGAAGAAAGAAGAAACAGAUUGUUAAUUUUCUAAUAAAUAAAGAAUAUUAGUAAAGA